CUGUUCAAAAGAUAAGGUGAAUUUUAAAAUUUUGCGGGCUACGUACAUUUGAUUAUCGAUUUUUUUUUUGUUAUGUUGGUACACUCUUCUCGAACAUAUGUUCACAGUUUCAGCUAUAUAGCAUAUUUAUUUUGUUUGUGAGAUGCAUAAAAAAAAGUUAGAUGUGUUCGACAAUUUCUUGCUGUCAAAAAGAAUUAUUCAAAGAAUUUGCAUUCAAUUUUAUGUAAAAAAUGGAAUUAAGUGCUCAAAAACACUUGAAAUGUUGUUAGUGGCAUAACAUAUGGUUAUGGUAUGUUAUGGUGAGUGUACUCUGAGUCAAAAAAAUUUUUACAAAUGGUAGAAGCUUUUCAAAUAAUGUAGAGGAGAUGUAAAUGGCGACGUUCGCGCUGGACGCCCCAGCACAUCAACACAACCAUGGAAAUGUUGAGAAAGUGAAGAAAAUUGUUAUGGAGAAUCGUCGAACACCAACAAAACCGUCACAUGAGCAUCGCUUAGGAAUUGUUGAUUGACGUCAACGGCGAUCCAGAUUUGCUUAAAAGGGUCAUAACGAGUGACGAAUCAUGGGUACAUGGUUAUGACAUUGAAACCAAAGUCCAAUCGUCCCAAUGGAAGAGCCUAGGAGAGACAAGGCCACAAAAACAAAAACUGCGAAAGCUCAAGGGCAUACCAAAAAAUUAAUAUCAGAACUGCUUCGAGGAUUGGAAAAAACGCUUGGAAAAAACGCUGGCACAAGCGUAUUAUAUCUGAGGGCUGACUACUUUGAAGGAGACAAAAUAUAAAUUGAUGAUUAAAUAAAUAUUUUUUCGAGAAAAAUGAAAAUUUACCUUAUUUUUUGAACAGACCUCGUAUGCUAGAGUGGUUCCGAGCAGCUUCUUUUGGAGAAAAGAACUUGGGCGUGUGUAGGAUUCGUGGAUACUUCUCAUUGUAAUAAUACUUGGUUUUAUGCUGAUACCCUUGUGAAUUAAAAAAAAUCAAUUUUUUUUAUACAUGUAUAUAUAUCUAAUGUACAUAUAUUUGAAAAUAUUCUACAAAAAUUUGAAGUUGAUCCGAAAAAUAGUUUCGAAAUUACGAGCGUAUUUGUAAGAAUUUUUUAACUUAGUGUAAUCGGCUCCUAAAACUUUAACACGUUUUCCUCGAAACGUUGUUUUCAGAUUCGGCUAGAAAACUUUUACGACCUUCUAAAAUAUAUUUAUCAGGUAUUAAUUUUUGAUAAUAAUUUCGGGUAUUCAAGCCAUUCUGAAGUUUAAUUUUUUCACAAAACACUACUUUUUUUGGAAAGCCGCCGUUUGGGCCAAAAACAAAAUUUUAACUAGCCCUUCGAAUAUUAUCUGUAUCAUCGAUUGUAAUAAUAAAAUUUUUGAUUUCUUCCCCACUGCCGACACCUUUCUUCGGAUGUCCUCCUGGAGAUCGGUUACGUAAUCAAGGUAAUCCAGAAAUUUUCAAAACGAAUCGCACUUAAUCCAAUUUAUUAUAUAAUACUAUAAUAUGUUAUUAUAUUAUUAUACUAUAAUAUAGUACGUAUGUAUGUAUGUGCAGAUGUAUGAAUUUCAGUGAGAGAGAGCUCUUAUAUUGAGCAUGUGGUUUAGAUUAAAAUUUUGUAAUCUAUGCUAACUUCAUAAUUGAGUUUUCAAGGCAGUUUGUCCCGCAUAUAGAAAAUGUACUUGCAAAUUGUUUGGCGGGAAUCAAGAUGCAUAUCAUAUGUGCAUAUAUUUGUAAAAAUAAGCAAACAAAUUUAUUUAAGCACACCGGCCACUCGCUCAACGCGCUCUCAGCGUAACAACAAAACUCACAGCCCAUCCAUUCACCAAAACUCCAUAGGGGUGAAGUCUCGCAUUAGCAUUUGUUCCCCACUUUAGUAGCAGUUGAGUCUUCGACGCGUGGCAUUGUUUACUCGCUGGCGCGUCAAUUUGAAGUUUAUUUACACAAUGUGUACGAAUUAAACGAUAAUAGCAGUCUGAAGAAAGGCUUUAGCUGAUUGCAAUUAUAAUUCCGAACUGCUGGCAUAACAACUUGGGUGACUUGAAAAAAAACUUGAUAAGCAACAAAGAAGAUAAGUGAUACAGUAACAAAAAUACAAAUAUACAUACAAACGAAGCGUUAUAGGUAUAUGUAUUGUUAUGUGUUUAUAAAUGCAUAUAGAUGCUAUCAAUUUAAUUUAAAGUAGACAAUCAAGGUACUAUCCGUUGAUGUAAGAGCCGUUGUAGCUGAAAUUAUUUUAUUAUUCUCUAUUGGAAUCGCGAAAAAUCUACGAUUUAUAAGUGUCAAUGUGAAAAUAGUUUACUUUUAAUCACUUAAUAUGGUUCAUAUAGCUACUUUGGAUGUGGGCACCACAACGGUGCGUUGCUUUAUUACAAAUGAUAACUGUGAGGUUCUGGGCACCGCCACUGAAAGGGUUGAUUUGUUAAACCCUCAACCGGGCUACUUUGAAAUCGAACCAGAGUCGCUGUGGGCAAAGAUCGUCGCGGUAAUUAAUAAUGCAGUGAGACAAGCCCAUUUAAAGCCCUCCGACAUUAAUUCAUUUGGCUUGUCGACACAACGCUGCACAUUCCUUACUUGGAAUCAUGAGACUCAAGAGUACUAUAGUAACUUCAUUACGUGGAAGGAUUUACGAGCAAAUGCUUUGGUGGACCAAUGGAAUGCUGGACUUGUGAUUAAGACAUUAAAUACAGUUUCCUAUGCACUCUAUUUGAUAACGCGAAGCAAUCGAUUUUUGGCGGCGAGCGUUUUGAAAAUGAUGAAUUCACAGGUCACAACAAGACUUCUACAUGAGGUACAGACCAACACACGACUUCGGGAAGCACUGCGUCGCAAAGAAGCACGAGUGGAACUAUUGGAUUCCUGGAUACUCUAUAAAUUGCGAUCGGGUAAUGGCUUACAAACAAAUAUCGAUCAUAUCAGCGAUAUAACUUCAGCAACAGCCACGGCUCUAUUUGACCCAUUUACGCUUUGCUGGACGCCGCUUGCAAAGUUUCUCUCCGGAAUUGAGUCUGCGUUGCUUCCUAAAGUUGUGGACAAUGGCUACAACGGUUUUGGCCAUAUACAUCCAAGUGCCUUAGGAACCGAAUGGAAUAACACCUGCAUAUCUAUAAGCGCCUCCAUCAGUGAUCAAACGGCCGCCAUGUGGGGCUCACAAUGUUUUGAACGCGGUGAUGUAAAGAUAACAUUGGGCACGGGCGCUUUUCUCAAUCUAAUCACUGGCAGUAAUUGUCAUGCCUCCGUAAUGGGUUUGUAUCCGUUGGUCGCUUGGCAAUUCAGUGAUGCAAAAGAAGAAGCCCGCACAGUUUACUGCGUUGAGGGUGCAUCACACGACAUCGGUACUGUUAUAGAAUGGGCAAAGCAAUGUGGUCUUUUUAACGAUCCAAUGGAAACUUCAAAUAUUGCUCAAACAGUUCCAGAUACGAAUGGUGUUUAUUUUAUACCUGCCUUCAGCGGUUUGGGACCUCCUAUAAAUAAUCCAACAGCGGCAACGGGUUUUAUUGGUAUUACAUUGUCUACGACGCGUGCCCAUUUGGUGCGUGCCAUAUUGGAGAGUAUUGUUUUCCGUACCGUGCAAUUAUGUGAAACUGCGAAAGCGGAAAGCAAAUACAAUUUGAAACUUCUGAGAGUCGAUGGCGGCGUAUCACGUAACGACUUUGUUUGUCAACUUUUAGCGGAUGCUACAGGAAUAUGCGUUGAGCGCGCAACCUCAAUUGAAUCCAGUAUAUUGGGCGCGACCUACAUGGCUGGAUAUAAUAUAGGUCUAUGGAAUAGUUUUGCCAAUCUACAUAAACUUCGUCAAAUCGAACACACUUUUGAACCACAACCGCAAUAUCACUUGGCGAUUAGAGAACGUAUGAGAGAUUGGAUGAAGGCGAUAAAACGUUUUGAAAAUUGGUAUUAAAAAUUAAAAAUAAAUUGCAGCAGCCAAGAGAAA